CAACAACCUCCUGUCUUAUGAGAAUGAAGUGCUGUUCACAUCUUACCGGUUGAGAGUUGCCUGUCACUAUCUGGUCAAUGACACCAAGGUAGUACAGUUCUUGUACCAGAAUAAUCCUGCACCUGUAGUCCAGCCUGGCUUGGGGGACCUUGCAGUCAUCAUGCGGCUUGCAUUGGAUUCAACCUACAAUGACUUCUAUGGCGCUCGGGAUUACCCUGUUGUGAAGUACUUGCGAAGACCCUUGUAUUUUGAGGUAGAGCUCCUGUACAGCAGGGAUCCACAGGCUGAAUUGUUUUUGGAGAACUGCUGGGCAACCUAUUCUGCUGACAGGAAUAGCUCUCCAAAGUGGGAUGUCGUUGUGGACAGCUGUGAGAACUCUGCAGAUGAGUACUUGACCAUCUUUCACCCAGUCUCCAGCAAUGCAAGAGUGCUGUUCCCUUCCCAUCUGAAGAGGUUUGAAGUGAAAAUGUUUUCCUUCCACAAGUGGCCGGGAUGCACUGAAAGGACAGAUUUACUUCCACUGCAGUGUUGUGAUAUGUGAUUCAAACCGGCCAUCAGACAGCCUCUGUAGCAGACGGUGCAUUCCAGGGAAACAGAGGCUUGGUCACAGUGUUGAAGGGAUGGGUGGUGGUGGUGCAGUAAAGGUGUUUGUGUCUUCUGGCCCAAUUGAGCUGAAGAGAGAUGGGUCCCUUCACUUUAUGCCUAGAAGUGCCCAAUUCAAUGUGUGGUCCCUUCUGGGAGCUGCAAUGGGUGUGUGUUCAGUGGUUAUCUUUGUAGCUGGAGUUGUAUCUUUCUGGAAACUGCCAAAAAUUGUGUAUUGAUAAAUAAA